AUGGUUUUCAUUUAUGAGUUGGAACUUAAUACAUGUAGGAAGAGUCUCAAACUAGCUGAGAAUCUCCAGAAUUUCGCAUCCCAACAUGUGGGCGAUAGUGACAAUGGAGGAGAAACGUUUAAUACACAGAGCUUUAUACAAGUCCACAACUUCCCAACCUUCAUGACUGAUGACUUCACAUUUGCUCUCGAAUACUACUGUGCUGUAGAGCUUCAAAUAAAAGUAAAACUUGUGGCAUUAUUAGAUGAAGGAAAUAAAACAUUAUAUCAUAAAAAAUGGACGUGUAACCCAGAAGUUGCCGUAAAAGUUCCAUUAAAUGUGCGAUUAAAGGAAAAGAUUUCAAAUAUUUUGUAUGCACCUGAUUUCUUCAAUAGGGAGUAUGUAUAUGCUAAAGCUGCGACCUUACAUGUGGCAUUAACACAAAAAAACACUAUAGAGCAGUAUAUGUCUGAAAAAUCUCAAGUAAUAGAAUCAGAAAAGACGAAACAAAAGUACUCAAAUUCUCAGAGGAAAAAUACUCAAAUUCAGCAUAAUGUUAUUGCUGAAAAAUAUUGGACUCUUGAAAUAGCUGAUCCAUUUUCAAGACCAAAAAGACCUCCACGGGAAUGUCUGUCAUGGGGACUAGAAAUCUUGUUGAACUUUACACACUUGGACUUUUUGAGUUGUCCAGUUGAACCAGAGUAUGUGGAAAUUGUGCAGUUUCCAUUUGCUGUAGGGGGGACAUUUUAUGGCAUUUGGGAGAAAUUACAGCCGUUCAAAGCUCCAGCUUUAUUGGAAAUCCCAGCUCCUUGGUUUACUGUCUCCUUGUGGAUCUAUGCUGUUGAUUUCUGCCCAUUAGGCAGUAAAGGUAGUGUCUGCUCAUUGUUACACACAAGCUCUGCAAACCAUGAGUUUCAAACCCCUCUAGUUGCAGUUAAUAAGCAAGGACGUGUCCAUAUAUGGGUAUACGAUGAGCAAGGCAUUAAGAUGGAGGCAUGGACAUAUCGCUUAAUUCCCAAACAACAAUGGUGCCAUCUGGUGGUAAAUUUUGACAAUAAACAAUGGACUUUCUCAGCAUCAUGCGAUGAUGGGAAAAUCAAAUUUGAUGCAACCUAUAUAUUACCAAGGCCAUAUUAUUAUGAUGACACCAAAGGUUUUUUGCUACUUGGAGGGACGAGUAAAAUUGCAGCAUUCAAGGGAUACAUUGGCCAAGCCUCUAUUUAUAGGAGGAGAAAGGUUCAAAUCACAGAGAUUCCACCUGUACCAGUGUACCAUGUUAUAUAUGAGCUUGGGCUGUCUCAGAGAGCGAAAAGAUGUGCUUCAUAUACUAUAUGGCUCGACCAUAAAAUAACUCUUGCCAGAACAGCCCUUCAAAGUAUCAUUCAAAAAAAAUCAUGCAGAAACACAUUCCUGGCCAGCUUCAAGGAUGAAUCUCAAAAUAUGGCACAUUGCAGUGCUACCCCAGGUUCUCGGCCUGGUCAGUUUAGGUGGAUGACUCGCCACUUGCGACGUGCAGUUUUUGAUGGUAGGAGCGAUCCUAUCGCAGCUCUUGGUGGUGCCAUCUAUAAAAAUGUUACCAUGACAAUUGAAGAUCAUGGGUUGAGGUCUAUCAUUAGUGUGAUCCCUUUGCUAAAACAAGCUAGCUGCUAUGGUAACCAUGAUGCCUCAUUGAUGCUUGCAGUUAUCUACUCCCAUGGUCUUCAAGUUCGAGCUGAUAAUACUCUGGGUCACUCAUAUAUCCUUGAUGGUGCAUUGACCAAUCACAGACUGUCGAUGAUGGCGCUUGGAAAUAAACACAGAUACGGCUUGGACGGGGUACAAUAUAAUGAAGAACAAGCUUAUGCAUAUUACAAGAAUGUCGCUGAUCGUACAAUAGAAGACCGCAAGGCCUAUAAUGAGGAGGAUGUUCAUACAGAGUGGGUGCGUGUAACUGAUGAAUGGCAAGUUGAAGCUCAGACUGAUGAAACUGGGGAGUUGUAUCAGUGGCUGGAACACCAAGCUGGAGCUGGCAACCUGAAUGCACAGUUGGACUUGGCUAAGAUGUUACACUGGGGAUCACAAGGCGUUGCUAGGAAUCCACAGAAAGCUGCUUUUUAUUUCAAGCGUGGUGCAGAUGCUGGUGAUGCAGAAUCCAUGUAUAAUUACGGCUUCAUCUUAAUGGUGGGUAAAGGUAUUGAAAAGGACAUCACACUUGGUCUACAUUACAUGGAGAUGGCUGCAGAACUGAACUUUCCCAAUGCAUUCAACAUGCUAGGCUGGUAUGCUCACAAUGAGGAGAGAAACAUCACUAAAGCUGCAUACUGGUACUCUAAAGGGGCAGAAAUGGGCAACCCUGAGGCUAAUACCAACAUGGGAUAUUUCUACCAAGGGGGGCUGAUACCAGGAAAGCCUGCUGAUCAAAAUUUGGCAGCUGAAUAUUUUCUGACUGCAGCGAAUAUGGGUCAACUCGAUGCAGGGAUACAGGUUGCGCAUUACUAUAUGAGGGCUGGUACCUCAGUUCUCCCCAGGAAUCCACCACUCGCCACUUUAUGGGCACGUCAUAUAGCAGAACAGAAUCCUGCUAUAGGCAAGGUUCUUAGAUCUGCAUUGAUGGCUUAUAAGGAAGGGAACUGGGAGGUUGCUCUUUUGUUCUACAUGAUGGCUGCUGAUGUCGGUCUUGAGGUUGCUAACUUUAAUCUGGCACAUCUCUGUGAGGAACACCAGGGGGAAAUUGCACAGUUUAUAAGUGGAGACUGCAUCUGGAGGCAUUACAACCUCUCUUCCCAGAGACCCCUGGCAUUUGUUAAUUCUUUAGCCUUGUUAAAGAUGGGGGACUACCAAUGGUAUGGUCAUGGGGGUGCAAAAAAUAUAUCUGCAGCUGUAAAUAUGUAUACGUUAGCCACAGAGAAGAAAAAUGCUGAGGGAUUAUACAACAUAGCUAGAAUGGUAGAAGGAGGGGAGGUUAUUCCACAACACAUUCUGCGAAGAUUAAACAUUCCUGUACAUAUGCAAUAUGACAAUGUCACACUCUUAAUGGAGUUAUUCACCAGGUGCUCUGAAAUGAAUGAACAAGAAUCCUGGUUACCUUGUAUUUUAUCAUACUACAAUGUCUACAUUCAAGAUGUUUGGCAAAGAUAUCAUACCCAUAUAAAGGUACUGAUAGGUGUAUUUGGGGGAUUGCUCAUUCUGUACAUAAACUUUAUGAUCUACUGUUAUUUAACAAGGAACGAGGUUCCACUAGAUGUGAAUGUAUGAAGGACUAGAAGAUUGAAUUCAGCAUUUUCUUCUCAUGGUUUACUUAAAAAGACUAAAAUGGAUGAACUCACUGUGUGUAACAAGUGUCAUUUUGUACUCACCAUCCGGAAGUUGUAAAAUUGUUAUAACUACCCUUUUUAUUUGAUUAAAGCUUGACAUUGUUCUUGGCUUUACUAUGUAUCUUGAAAUCUCAUUUUUAUAUUUGUAUUCUGUAUAUUAUUCUUUCAUAUGCAGUUAUUUUCCUGUGUACCAUUUGCCAGGAUUUUUGGCUCACACAGUGAGCCUAUGGGAUCGACCAGGCGUCCGUCCGUUGGUCCGUCC